GGCAGACGUUGGGACGUUAAGGCCGCGCGCUGUGUUGCCGCCUCCACCGCGGUGGUGGUAGUUGUUGUUGUCGUUGUUGCUGCCGCGGCCGCGGCCGCAUUGGGCCCUCCCCAGCCUGAAGAGGGUCCCUAUCGCCAGGCGUUGCCCACCGGCCAUGGUCCCCCGCUUGUCGCCUGGCAGGAGGCAGGAGGCGCGGGGGCAGCAGCAUCGGCCAUUGCUGGAAGGGGCUUCCCGGCGAGGGCUAUGACAGGAUGGACGCGGACGAAGUGACCAUCCGCGAGCAGAACUUCCACAGCCAAGUGCGGGAAUACACGAUCUGUUUUCUUUUGUUUGCGAUAUUGUAUAUUGUUUCCUACUUCAUUAUUAGAAGAUACAAGAGGAAAGCAGAUGAGCAAGAGGAUGAAGAUGCUAUUGUCAAUAGAAUUUCGCUUUUCCUGAGUACUUUUACUCUUGCAGUUUCAGCGGGUGCUGUGCUCCUCUUACCUUUUUCAAUAAUCAGCAAUGAGAUUCUGCUUUCUUUUCCACAAAGUUACUAUAUCCAGUGGUUGAAUGGGUCUCUAAUUCAUGGUUUAUGGAACAUUGCUUCCCUCUUUUCUAAUCUUUGUUUGUUUAUAUUGAUGCCCUUUGCUUUCUUCUUUCUGGAGUCAGAAGGCUUUGCUGGCUUAAAAAAGGGAAUCAAAGCACGUAUUUUGGAAACCCUUGUUAUGCUCAUUCUCCUUGCGUUGCUUAUUCUUGGAAUUGUAUGGGUAGCUUCAGCUCUCAUAGACAAUGAUGCUGCAAGUAUGGAGUCCUUAUACGAUCUUUGGGAAUUCUACCUCCCUUAUUUAUAUUCCUGUAUAUCUUUGAUGGGGUGUUUAUUACUUCUACUUUGUACACCAGUAGGACUUUCCCGUAUGUUUACAGUGAUGGGACAAUUGCUUGUAAAGCCAACAAUUCUUGAAGACUUGGAUGAGCAGAUAUAUAUUAUUACUCUAGAAGAAGAAGCUAUAAUGAGAAGGUUAAAUGGAGGAUUUUCCGCAGUGGAGUAUAAUACAAAACAACUUGAGCAGGAGUUGAAUAAUGUGAAGAGCAUGAAAACAAAAUUAGAGCGACGGAAAAAGGCUUCUGCAUGGGAAAGGAACCUUGUGUAUCCAGCUGUAAUGAUACUACUGCUAAUUGAAACGGCAAUCUCAGUGCUCUUAGUUGCUUGCAAUAUUCUGUGUCUCUUGGUUGAUGAAACCGCAAUGCCGAAGGGGUCAAGGGGGCCUGGCAUAGGAAGUGCCUCUCUGUCCACAUUUGGUUUCGUGGGAGCAGCACUUGAGAUCAUUUUGAUUUUCUAUCUUAUGGUUUCCUCUGUUGUUGGCUUUUAUAGCCUACGUAUUUUUGGAGAUUUUACCCCCAGGAAGGAUGACACAACUAUGACAAAGAUAAUUGGGAAUUGUGUAUCUAUCUUAGUCCUCAGUUCAGCAUUGCCAGUUAUGUCAAGAACACUGGGCAUCACCAGGUUUGAUCUCCUUGGAGACUUUGGAAGGUUUAACUGGUUAGGAAACUUCUACAUAGUAUUGUCCUACAAUCUUCUUUUUGCUAUCAUGACAACCCUGUGCCUGGUGAGAAAGUUCACCUCUGCAGUUAGAGAAGAACUCCUCAAGGCAUUAGGUUUAGAUAAACUGCAUCUCUCGCACAACGCAAGAGACUCCGAGACAACAAAGCCUUCUGUAAAUGGGCAUCAGAAAACACUGUGAAUCACAGUCGGUGGAAAUGAGUCCUUCAGCUUCCUGACAUUCCUUUCACUUCAUUGUACUUGUUUUCUACUGCUCUUACUUGUUUAUACCUUGGAUCCAGGUCGAUGCAGAAGAAAGCUGGUUGCAUUGGACCAUACUCUUCUUGCUUGGAUCGAUCUACUUUAAUUUUUCUGUCAACCAGAGAUGUCUCUUGAAUAUUCCUCUUUGAACAGAUCUUCAUACUGAUUUCUGAAUCCAAGGACGAGAAUCUUCUGCAUGUAAAUAUAUUGUUGAAGAUGAAUUUCAGAGAUGAGCUUGCUAUGUGAAAAUGGCAAACCUCUACUCAAGAUGUUGAUUUUUCCAGUAAGAUGCAUUUUGAAAACUUGUGAGAGCACAAUAAGGCUCAGGAUCAAUGCAUUAAUCUACCCAUCAAAUCAGUUUGCACUAUGAUUGUAUCUAAGAUAACAGAAGUUCUUAUUCUUAAAUGGUAAACUGCCCCAUUUUUUGCUAGGGAAAAUUUCCUUUGCAAGCCCUGAUUUAUGCAAUAACAUAAUCUCGUAACUACAGUGCUAAAUCUGAGCCUGGGAAACAGUAAUUGUAGAUUUCUGAUCAUUUUAUGUAUAAUCAUGCCUAAAAACGUGAUUGUCAUACUCAGCUAAACAAUAUGAACAAAAAUAUGUGUAAAAUAUACAUAUGUAUAAACUCUGAGAAGAAAACAAUUGCACCCAAUUUUCACAGUUGUCUUUAAAUGAGGCCCAUUCCUAUGACUGAUAAAUAUAUUUUAUUUCGCUGAACAAGGUAUUUUUUUCAUUAGUUCUUUUCAGGGUGGAUUUGAUUUAAAUCACGAUUAAAAUCACGAUUUAAAACAGUAGUAAAAGGCUUGAUUUAAAUCAACUUGAUUUAAAUCAUAAUUUUUAAAGAACAGUUGUUAUCUCUGUCCCAUAGCAGUUCCUCCUCUGACCUGCUGUUGACUUACCGACAGUCCCAAUAUUGCAGAAUGUAUAGCCUUAUUAAUGUAUCUUAAAUAGAAAACUAUCUUUAGAUAAGAUUUUUACUCUAAAAGCAUUCUAUUAAAAUAAAUUUGAUAAAAAUAAAAAAAAUCCAAUAAAUAAAUAAAAUAAAUCGAUUUAAAUUUAAAAAAAAUCUGAUUUUUUUGAUUUUUUUUUUAAAUUGAUUUUUAUCCACCCUGGUUCUUUUUGUUGUUUAUAUGUGUACAUGCGUCUAUUUUUUUUUUACGAACACAGAAUUGAGCUAGCAUUUUGCUUAGUUUAUAAUAUGAAAACUUUAAAAUUCUUGUUCAGGGUUUUAGAUAUUGUAUAGGAGUUGGAUAUUGUUACAGUGUUGAAGUUUACAAAAUCCUGUGAAGUUGUAAAAAAGGCAGAAGGAAGUUAAGCUGCAUUUGUUUACUAAUGUACUGAGUAGAGGCAGGCAGAUGGUAAAGACUACUGUGAUUACUUGGUCCAAUGGAGUUGAUCCUAUUUUCUGUAUAAUCAUUUGAUCAAGGAUAGUUUAUUGGGACUCUGUAACUUCAAGUAUUUCUCUUUGUGGAAAAUCUGUUGCUGUUAAUCUGUUACUGUUAAUCUCUGUAAAUAUCUGUAAACCCAAAGCCUCAAAAUAGUCUCAAACACAUUGCACAAUGUCCAGAUAUUUAAUUCAGGUGUUUUGGAUUACGAUGUUGCUAAUUUCAUAGGAUUCAUAAACAUGUUUUCUAUUAA